AGACACGAACAAAAAAAUUGUGGAAUCUAGUUUCGUCUCAUUUCUUCUUCGUUGACACAAUUAGGGUUCACUUCAAUUCUCUUCUCUGGAUCGUAUUACUUGGGGAAAUUUAAAGAUCUGGCUCUUUUGGGUUAGCUCGGAUCCAAAUUCUCAUGUGAAAGACCUGAACUUUUGCUCCAUCUUAAUCGUUUUUUUCUUCUUCUUGGGCUGGUCUGGUGGAUAUACAGAGAAUUGAUAGUGUUUGAAUUGUAAUUCUCGGAGUAUUUUGCUUUAGUGUUUGAUCGAGUUUCUGAGCUUAGUAUCGUGGGGUUUUGGGUUUAGGGGAGGAUAAAGUAGCUUAAGAGCUGAGGAUCUAGUUUCUUAGGCUUGGCACUUUCAGCUGAAUUUUGAUUCGUUUCUGGACUCAUUAGUUUGGUAAUGAUUAGUUUUGGAUAUUUGUUGGAUUAGGUAACUACUAGACAGAGGGAUUAGCUACCAGAGAUUUGGGUUUUGGCUGAUUUUAGUGUGGAUUUUUGUGGAGAUGGAUAGGCCUAGACAAAAUGAUCAUUUGGGUGUGAAUAAGAUUGGGAGAAAUAUCAGAAAGAGUCCUCUGCAUCAACCGACUUUCGCUGCCAAUGCUAGCAACGUUGCCGCGGCAAGGCCUCAAACACAGCCUCAGGUUUAUAACAUAAGCAAGAACGACUUUAGAAGUAUUGUUCAGCAGCUAACGGGUUCUCCAUCACGUGAAUGCCUUCCUCGGCCUCCUCAAAACAACCCGCCAAAGCCUCAGAAUACACGGUUGCAGCGGAUCAGACCAUCCCCCUUAACGCAGAUAAACCGGCCUGCGGUUCCUCUCCCUACCAUGGCUCCUCCACAAUCUCAUCCUCAGUUUGUUAGACAGCAUCCACCCCAGCCGCCUUUCCCACAAAGCACACAACAACCAAUGAUGGGUCACAGGGACCAGUUUUGGUCCAAUACAGCUGAGUCUCCCGUCUCAGAGUAUAUGCGUUAUCUUCAAAGUUCACUUGGAGAUUCAGGACCCAAUGGUAACCAAAUUCAGCCAGGUCAGGAGCAGCGGCCCUAUAUCCCAGGUCAUGAGCAGCGGCCAUAUAUCCCAGGUCAUGAACAGCAGCCAUAUAUCCCAGGUCUUGAGCAGCGGCCAUAUAUGCCAGGUCAUGAGCAGCGGCCAUAUAUGCCAGGUCAUGAGCAGCGGCCAUAUAUGCCAGGUCAUGAGCAGCGGCCAUAUAUGCCAGGUCAUGAGCAGCGGUCAUAUAUGCCAGCUCAGUCUCAGUCUCAGCCUCAACCUCAACCUCAGCAACAUAUGAUGCCUGGAUCGCAACCUCGAAUGAAUAUGCAAGGCCCUCUUCAACCUAACCAGUAUCUACCACCACCCGGGUUAGUUCCUAGCCCAGUGCCUCGUAAUCUUCCUUCCCCUCGGUUCAAUGCUCCUGUACCUGUCACGCCUACUCAGCCCUCUCCCAUGUUCAAUCAGAUGUAUGGUGGAUUUGCUUCUCCUCGAUAUAACGGUUUUGGACCACUGCAAUCACCUACAUCCCAAUUUCUUCUACCAUCUCCUACCGGUUACCCGAAUAUGUUCUCUCCGAGAUCACCUUACCCAUUGCUAUCACCAGGAGUUCAGUAUCCUCAACCACUUACCCCAAACUUCUCAUUCUCACAAAUUGCUCAACAAGGAAGUCUUGGACCCGGUGCAGGUGCAGGUGCAGGUCCAGGUCAAGGUCCUCCUCAGCCUCCUCCUUCGCCAGGGCUCAUGUUCCCUUUAUCUCCAUCUGGGUUCUUCCCCAUCCCAAGUCCAAGAUGGAGUGAUUUCUAGGUGCUCUCUUUUCUAUCUAUCCGAUUUAUUGAAUUGAGUAAAUCGCAGUAUGGUUAUUCAAGUCUCCUUAGGUUAGUCUGUUCUUUGAAAGAAGCUUAGAACUUCAGAGCCUACAGUGGAAUAGACGCAGCAGAAUAGAUGCGUAAAACACUAAAGGAGCUUUUAGAAGCAAGGAAGAUUUAUAGGUGUUUUUUUUUUCUCUGUGUGAUUUUUAUAGGGACGAUGAUGAUUACCUUUGUUUUUGUUUAUCACAAAAUUAGUUUUAUCUUUGCGUAAUUUGUACACAGACUACAGAUGAACUCUUCAAUUUAUAUGAUUUUUGGGUGUUUUCAAA